AUGCCUCUACUCCGCGACACUGCCCGUCCCAAGGUCCUUGUGCCAGAGAAGCUGUCCCCGGAUGGCCUUGCUCUGCUGCGCACCUCACUUGACGUCGACGAGCGUCGCGGCCUCAGUGCCGACGACCUGCUCCAGAUCAUCCCCGACUACGAGGCCCUCCUCGUCCGAUCCGAGACCAAAGUGACAGCCACCGUCUUGCAGGCUGCCCGUCGUCUAAAAGUCGUCGCCCGCGCCGGAGUCGGGGUGGAUAAUGUCGAUGUCGAAGCAGCGACAAAGUUGGGAAUCGUGGUGGUCAAUUCGCCCUCGGGCAAUAUUGGUGCCGCGGCGGAACACACCAUUGCACUGAUGAUGGCAAUGGCCCGCAAAAUCCCCGAGGGCUGUGCGACCCUGAAGGAUGGCAAAUGGGAGCGGAGUAAGUUCGUCGGAGUCGAGGUAAAGGGCAAGACGUUGUCGAUUAUUGGGCUGGGUAAAGUUGGUUUGACGGUGGCCCGUCUGGCCAAGAGUCUGGGGAUGACGGUUAAUGCGAUGGACCCAUAUGCAUCCCCGGCAGUUGCUGCCGCGGCAUCGGUCACACUGGUUUCGUCACUGCCGGAGUUGCUGGCUUCGGCCGAUUUUCUGACGAUCCACACGCCUUUGAUAGCCUCGACCCGUGGCAUGAUUGCAGAGGCCGAAUUGGCCCAGAUGAAGCCUGGUGCGCGGAUUCUCAACGUUGCACGAGGAGGAACGAUCGAUGAAGCUGCAUUACUCGCGGCUCUGGAGUCGGGCCACCUAGCCGGCGCAGCUGUCGAUGUCUUUACUACAGAGCCACCGGCUGCAGAUUCAACUGCAGCGAAACUCAUUGCUCAUCCGCGUGCAGUGGUCACUCCGCAUCUGGGUGCGUCAACGGUAGAAGCCCAGGAGAAUGUGUCGGUCGAUGUAUGUGAGCAGGUCCUCGAGAUCUUGAAGGGAUCCCUACCUCGCAGCGCCGUCAAUGCACCCCUCAUUCUGCCUGAGGAGUAUCAGAAACUUCAACCAUUCGUGCGCCUAGUUGAAAAACUCGGCAGUCUGUACACCCAUUAUUAUGCCUCCGCGCCAGGCGGCUCCAUGACCCGCAACACCUUUGACUUGAUCUACCAGGGCGAAGUAGCCAGUAUCAGUAACACGAAGCCUCUCUUUGCAGCGCUAAUCAAGGGCCUCCUGGCUCCUAUCAGCAGUUCAGAAGGAAUCAACAUCAACAUCGUCAAUGCAGAGUUGGUAGCCAAGGAGCGCGGCGUCUUUGUCUCCGAGCAGCACUCUCGCGACCCGGCGGACCAAUCCUCGUCAUACUCGUCCCUAGUGACUCUUGUUGCGCGUCCCCCGUCCCGCGCAUCGUCACACGCACGCGGCGAGAAGGUAGAAGCGACCCAGCCGCAGCCUCAGCGGAUCAUCUCGGGAACAUGCUCUGGAGGUGAGCCCUUGAUCACUCGCCUUGGUCGAUUCGAGGCAUCGUUCGCACCAGAGGGAACACUCCUCAUCUGCGAAAACUAUGACUCGCCCGGUAAGAUCGGCGUCGUGGGUAGCAUUCUAGGCCGAGAGGGCGUCAACAUUAACUUCAUGACCGUCGCCGCUGUGUCGCCCAAGCUAGCGAGCGGCGAAGCGGAUGAGCCCAAGUCCAGCAAGGAUAGUGGCACAGCUGAGGUUGCGGUAGUGAAAGAUAGACCUGUGUCGACGGAAGCACUGAUGAUUCUGGGGAUUGACCGUGUGGUUGGCCAGCAUGUUGCUACGGAUUUGGUGAAAGAGGGUGGAGUGCUGAGUGCCCGUGCCGUCAGUCUGUGA